UCAUUAUCAUGUUUAUUGUAUAAGUGACAGAUGCGAAUAUGAGAUUCGUUCUUUUCACUUGAACUUGCAUGGUUCAUCUUUCUGUUUUUCUUUUUCACGUUGGGGAGAAAAAGAGAAAAACAUGCUGCGCAAAAAGUUCAGUUGGAUAGAACAGACUUGUAACCGCGUACCUCUCACUGACGAUGCUUCGCAGAUACAGCGGCUCCAGAUCAGCCAACAUGGCUCGAAUGUAACAAGUCAGCGGGCCUAAAAUGUAAACAAUACGACAUGUAAAUCUUAUUGGCGGGCACGUAUCCGACGGAGAUGUACACGCUGCUGCACGGUCUGUAUAAGUACCUGAUGCAAAAGGACGAGUACUUUAUACUAAUCCUGGGGCUCGACAAUGCGGGAAAGACGACUUACCUGGAAGCGGCGAAGACAAAGUUCACAAAGAAUUACAAGGGUAUGAAUCCGAGCAAGAUCACGACCACCGUGGGUUUGAACAUCGGCAAGAUCGACAUCGCCGGAGUGUCCUUUAACUUUUGGGAUCUCGGCGGCCAGGAGGAACUUCAAUCUCUAUGGGAUAAAUAUUAUGCAGAGUCUCACGCUGUGAUUUACAUCGUCGAUUCUUCCGACCGUGAUAGAAUACCAGAUUCCAAAGAAACUUUUGAUAAGGUGAUAUCAUCUGAACAUCUAACUGGUGUACCAUUAUUGGUACUGGCAAAUAAGCAGGAUGUACCUGACUGUAUGGGUGUCAGAGAAGUAAAACCGAUAUUUAAUCAAAGUGCACACUUAAUUGGCAGAAGGGAUUGCAUGGUAAUGCCUGUAUCGGCUCUUAAUGGGGAUGGAGUAGACGAGGGCAUACACUGGCUGGUGGAUUGCGUCAAAAGAAACAGUGAUAUACGACCACCUCGCAAUCAGGACGACAAUUCCUUAUCUUAGCUGUGACACACAUUCCUAUACUCUUUGGUAAUUUAUAUAAAUAUAUAUAUAUAUAUAUAUAUAUAUAUAUAUAUAUAUAUAUAUCAAUAUUGCGAUAUAUAUAUAAUAUAUAUAUAUAUAUAUAUAUAUAUAUAUAUAUAUUAACGCACUGUACAUAUUCGUGUCGCAUGUGUACAGUGUUUCUAUAAAUAAAGAAUCUUUUUUUUUAA